ACUCGUUUUCACCUCGGAGUGCCCCUGUGACAACUAUUUUGGUGACGCUAUCUCGAUUAAACAUAGCGACUACGGAUAUCCGUGUGCUAGCUAAGCCCCAACAGCGCCGCUAAGAAAGUAUGACGAUGCCAGUUAGGUGCUAUUUUCAUGUAGAAACAAGUGUUCUUUUGAAACUGCAAAAAUGGCAGGGCUGGCUGCAAGGAUUUUAUUUUACCCAACUCUGGGGUACAAUCUACUGAUGGAAAAACUCUGGGGGAGAAGAUGGUUUGACAGAAUUGACGAAAGUGUCAUUUUAGGCGCAUUGCCAUUCCGAUCAAUGACAAGCCAGCUUUAUGAAAAGGAGAAUGUCAGAGGAGUAAUAACCAUGAACGAGGAGUUUGAAACAAGGUACUUGUGUAACUCUGUCCAGGACUGGCAGGAUGCUGGCGUUGAGCAACUGUGCCUCCACACAGUGGAUUUCACCGGAGUUCCCACUUUGGAGAAUCUGCAGAAGGGUGUAUCUUUUAUCAUGGAGCACAGAGAAAAGGGGAGUAGUGUAUAUGUCCACUGUAAGGCAGGGCGCUCUCGUAGUGCUACAAUGGUUGCAGCAUAUCUGAUCCAUUUAUAUCACUGGACUCCCAAGGAGGCUAGUGAGCUUAUUGCUUCAAUUCGUCCUCACAUAAUCAUCCGCCAGGGUCAGUUCAAGGUCUUGCAGACUUACUAUCAGCAGACAUGUGUCCCAGAAGGAGCAUAAUGAGAGAAUGUUUGGUAAAAUUAACAGAAGUGUACAGCUAAAAUGUCUGGAAGAUUGAAUCAAGCAGAAGGAGAAACAUGAACCGAUGGGCUGUGGCUGAUGCACAACAGCAACUCUACCUGAGCAGGGCAUGAUUUGAGCUACAACAGAUUUUCUAAACUGUGGUUUGGAGUAAUUGAAUUUUUUUUUCAUUUUUAAAAUGUGCUGCUGUGUUCAUUUCACUAGGAUGUCCAUAGACACUGCCACAAAAUGGGAUCUGUAUAUAAAAUGCAGAGAUUCUUUUAAACAGAUUUAUUUUCACUGUUAACUGAAUGCCAUGCAUUUUUAUGCUGACAAAGUAAUUGUAGCUGUUUUUCUAUACUUGCCUCAAGUAACAGAAUUAGAAUGAUUGUUUGACAGUUUUUGCAGGAGGUAAGCAUUUACAUGUCAUGUGGAUAGGGAAAAAAACUACACAGAUCUGUACUAGAACAGAAUUCUUUUGAGACGCAUCAAUUAAAUGUACAUCUGUUUUUACUAUGUAA